AUGAUUACCCAUUAUAUGUGGUUUUUCCUCGCUUACUUGGCGAACGCUUUUGAGAGAUCGGAAAAGUUUCCAGUCAAUGGAAGCUUAGAAGCAUCGUUUGAAAUACCAGACAUGUCUACUUUCUUUCCUUGGACAAACUAUUCACUUGCGGAUUGGCAGAGUUUACUGGAUGGGAGAAGAUACGGGACAGGUUCCCAAAAUCUUAUUGUCAAAGCCCUUCUUAUCGCAGCAUACUCCUUUAUCAUAGUGUUCUCACUCUUUGGCAAUGUCCUAGUAUGUCAUGUCGUGAUCAAAAACAAACGGAUGCAUUUUGCCACCAGCCUGUUCAUUGCGAAUCUUGCCGUCGCAGACCUAAUGAUCACCUUUCUCAACACUCCCUUUACUUUGGCUCGCUUUGUGAACAGCACGUGGAUAUUCGGGAAAGAGAUGUGCCAUGUCAGCCGUUUUGCACAGUACUGCUCUCUCCAUGUCUCUGCCUUGACCCUGACAGCCAUAGCUGUGGACAGACGGCAGGUGAUACUGCAUCCUCUGAAGCCUCGGAUUUCUACUGCACAAGGUCUCACGUGUAUCUGCAUCAUAUGGCUAAUGGCCUCAUGCUUCUCCCUUCCACAUGCUAUCUAUCAGAAAUUAUUCACUUUUGAAUAUAGCGAAGAAGUCACCCGAUCCUUGUGCCUCCCCGAUUUCCCCGAGCCAGCUGAUUUAUUUUGGAAGUACCUGGACUUGGUGACCUUCAUUUUACUCUACAUUCUGCCCCUACUCAUUAUCUCCGUCACCUACAUGACUGUUGCCAAGAAGCUCUGGUUCCAGAACGCCAUUGGGGAUGUGACAAUAGAGCAGCACUUCGCCCUGCAGAAGAAGAAAAGGAUGACCGUUAAAAUGCUGCUCCUUGUGGUGGUGAUCUUCGCCGUCUGCUGGUUCCCUUUAAACUGCUACGUCAUCCUUCUCUCCAGCCAAGUCAUCCGCACCAACAACGGCCUCUAUUUUGCUUUCCACUGGCUUGCCAUAAGCAGCACCUGUUACAAUCCUUUUAUUUACUGCUGGCUCAAUGAGAAUUUCAGGGCAGAACUCAAGACCUUUCUCAACGUGUGUCGGAAAACUCCUGAUUCAAGGGAGCAAAGGCUUCGGUCUUCUGGAGUUCUAUCCUACAGAACAGCCUGGACGAAAAACGAUGACUGCAAGGGCUUGCAGGCCUCGCUCAGCCUCCCAACGACCUCCAAUUUUCAGUUAGUCAAGACUGACUUAACCUAUGUUGAGCCUCUGGUUGCCGUGCGUUGA